GAGCAGCAAACGCAGAGCGACGCCGAGGCGCGCCAGCAUCCUCCCUCAUCCGUCCUCAUCCGUCCUCCACCCGGCGCUGGAGCAGCAGGUCCAUGUCUGCGGGACACAACCGAACCUGACGGCCGACGUCUUCCAGUCUGCGUCUCUGACCGUCUGGACCGAUGGAGGGAGAAGCUUACCUUCCAGGUGUGGCUGCAGACUCAGCCAACCCGCUGCUGAGAGCCGUUUACCUCCGCCGGCUGAGGCUGACUCGCCUGCUGCUGGAGGGAGGAGCUUACAUCAACGAGAGCGACGGUCAGGGUCACACGCCCCUGAUGGUGGCCUGCAGGACCCAGUACGCCGACUCCCAGAGCGCCGGUCGGGUCAAGCUGGUCCAGUUCCUUCUGGAGAAAGGCGCCGACCCCAACAUCCAAGACACGGAGGGGCGGUCUGCGCUGAUGCACGCCUGCCGGGAGCAGGCGGGGCCUGAAGUGGCGUCUCUGCUGCUGGACAACGGCGCCGACGUCAGCCUGCAGGACCGGUCGGGAUCGUCGGCGCUGGUCUACGCAGUCAUGGCCGGAGACUGGAAGGUGCUGAAGCUGCUGCUCGACUCAUGCAAAGCCAAAGGGAAGGAGGUGAUCAUCAUCACCACCGACACCAUCCCGAACCACACCAAGGCCCAGACGCAGGCCAAGCAGUACCUCAGCAUCCCGCCCGCCGAUCCGGCCGACCACAGACCCCUCCCCACCGCUCCCACCUCCCCAUCGGACAUCCAGCUCCUCACCUCCCCCUCAUCCUCCACCCCCAUUCCCAUCUUCACCUUCAGAGACGAGCAGAUCUCCCGGGUAAACUCCCACCCAUGUUCCCCUUCACGCUUUCGAGGGCCGGGUCAGGCGGCCCCCAACGGACCGCCGCAGCACCUGCUGAGGCUGAACUCGGAGCCCUGGUUGAAGAUCCCAGCAUCGAUCCUCGGCCAGCAGCUCAACGCCGGCCUCAGCCGGGCCGAGGAUCUCUCGGUCAGAGUUCCCAAACCGGACCAGGACCACUCUGACCGUCUGAACCAAACAGAGUGUGCAGAAGACCAGAAGAUGACCUUACCUGGUCUGCUGUCGUCCCACUCCGCCUCUCACCCCAACCUGAACUCUGAAAUCCUCGCUGCGUAUUCGCCCCACUCCUCCAACGGCGGGAAAAAGCUGGGCGCGGCUCCUCAUGCCUCAUCCAGUCUUUACAGUGUCGUCCAGAAGCGUCAGCUGGGAGCCGACAUCUACAGCUCCGACCCGCAGUUAGCCGUCCAGAACCUGCCGGAGGAGCAGAGACCCAGAGACACGCCCAACGGGAAGAAGCUGGCGCCACUACGCUGCUGCAGCACGCUGGGCUCCAGGGAGGCGCUGUCGCCCCAGAGCAAGAGAGUCCUGUUUGGACAUGAGCGCAGAGGAUCCGGGACCUUCCUACUGGACCGGAACCUCCAGACCAGACCGCGAUCCCUGCCGCCUUUGACCAACACCCCCAUCCUUCACAUCUCUGGGUCCAGCGCCUGCGAGUCCGUCCAGAAGGGGUUCCUACCCUCCGCGCCACCGGGACACCCCAAAGACCUGAGCAGGAGGACGCUCCUGAGGAGACACUCCAUGCAGACGGAGCAGUUCAAAGGUUCCGCCUGAACCGCAGAGGAACCGCUCCGACCGAGCCGGACUGAGCUGUGACACCGGCUGACACCAUUUUGAUUCCAUAUUCUGCAAAGACGAGAAACCUGUUUCCGGAUGUGGCGUCUUGGCUUGGCCGUCGCUCUUUCCAUGUUUGACGUCUUUCAGGAAAUGUUUUCAACAAAGAAAGUUCACAAAUAUUUCAGGUUCAUGAAAACACUGCCAGGCUUCUCAGAUUAUGAACCAAAUCUCCACCAAUCACGUGUCAAGGAGCUGUAGCCGCCAUUGUUUUGGCAAUGUCACAUGACCAGAGGAAGAAUUUAGAGGUUUUUCUGUGAUGUAUGAGCAGGUGGGCGGGGCCUGGAGUUCAGCGUUGACCGCUUCAUGAUUUUGGUUUGGAAACUUAGAAUGAGGUUUUGUUGAUGCUAUUUAUGUGUUUGUUCAAGAAUAAAAAGAAUGACAUUAUUGGUCAAAGAGAAUUUAUUUAAAUCCGUUACAAACAACGGACUGUUUAAGCCUGAUAGCAUGGAGCUAGAAAAUAAACAUUUAAUGUCUAUGACAUGACUGACAUUUGAGUUGUGUGAAUGAUAUCAUGUUUGGUUGAGAGCAGACAGAGCCCCGCCCUCCUCUCAUCAUGAUUGGACAGACAGGAGUGUCAAACUCAAUCACACAGGAGGCCAAAAUCCAAACACACCUCAGGUCGCGGACCGAACAGGAAAAAACUUAUUGAACAAAAUGUUUAAAACGUAAAACCGUAACAUUAUAAACUAGAUAUAGAGCAUAACCUGCAAUAACUCUAGUGUGAAUGCUGU